AUGUCGGUGGCCUUUAAGGCAAUCCCCUUUCCCCCUGCGCCUUCAUCACAACACCACCAAAACGACGCAAACGACGACCGCCAAAAAACAAAAAUGGCAUCGAAGCUACUUGCUUCCGCUCUCCGCCGCCAAACCCUAACCACAAAACCCGCCUCCACCGCCUCCGACUUCGUCCGCACCCUCUCCACCGCCGCCGCCGUCGCCGAAACCUACGACGACCCAGAUGGAGUUUCAAUGAAGGGGGUCAAAAUUUCGGGCCGGCCUCUGUACCUGGACAUGCAGGCCACGUCGCCGGUGGACCCCAGGGUCGUCGACGCCAUGCUUCCUUACUACCUCACCCGGUACGGAAACCCCCACUCCCGGACCCACAUGUACGGCUGGGAGUCCGACUCCGCCGUCGAGACCGCCCGCGCCCAGGUCGCCGACUUAAUCGGCGCCUCCCCCAAAGAAAUCGUCUUUACCUCCGGCGCCACCGAGUGCAACAACAUCUCUGUCAAGGGCGUCAUGCACUUCUACAAGGACAAGAAGCGCCACGUCGUCACCACCCAGACGGAGCAUAAGUGCGUUCUGGAUUCCUGCCGCCAUCUCCAGCAGGAGGGAUACGAUGUGACCUACCUGCCGGUGAAGACGGACGGGCUUAUCGACCUCGACGAGCUCCGCUCCUCGAUUCGGCCCGAUACAGGCCUCGUAUCGGUCAUGGCGGUGAACAACGAGAUUGGGGUUAUUCAGCCGAUGGAGGAAAUUGGGGAGAUUUGCAAGGAGUUCAAAAUUCCAUUCCAUACGGACGCGGCUCAGGCGCUUGGGAAGAUCCCAAUUGAUGUGGACAAAUGGAAUGUGAGCUUGAUGUCCCUUUCGGGGCACAAGGUUUACGGGCCGAAGGGGGUCGGAGCUUUAUACAUGAGGAGGAGGCCAAGAAUUCGGGUGGAGCCCCAAAUGAAUGGAGGUGGACAGGAGAGAGGGAUUCGGAGCGGAACUGUUCCGACUCCAUUGGUGGUAGGGUUUGGUGCGGCCUGCGAAAUUGCGAAGAAGGAAAUGGAGUAUGAUGAGAAGAGGGUAAGAGCGUUGCAGGAUCGAAUGUUGAAGGGAAUCAGGAAGAACCUUGAUAUGGUUGUGGUGAAUGGUAGCGAGGAGAGACGUUACCCCGGAAAUUUGAAUCUUUCGUUUGCUUAUGUGGAAGGGGAGAGCUUGUUGAUGGGGUUGAAGGAAGUGGCGGUGUCGAGUGGGAGUGCCUGUACCAGUGCGAGUUUGGAGCCCUCAUACGUGUUGAGGGCUUUGGGGGUGGAUGAGGACAUGGCUCAUACUUCUAUUCGGUUUGGGAUUGGGCGGUUCACAACGGAGGAGGAGAUUGACCGGGCGGUUCAGCUGACGGUGCAGCAGGUGAAGAAGUUGAGGGAGUUGAGCCCGCUUUAUGAGAUGGUGAAAGAAGGGAUUGAUAUCAAGAGUAUUCAGUGGUCACAGCAUUAAGGAAUUUGGUAGAGGAACUGGGUGAAGCAGCGAGUAUACAUAUGCACGAGUGAGCUGCAGCUGAUAGAGUAGAUGGAGAAUUCGAGGAUCACUUUAGGAAUUCUUUGAGUGGAAGAAGUGAUGAUAAGACAAUUAGGAGGAUGAGGUUAAUAUUGGCAUCUUAUUAGGGGCAGUCCGUCGGUAUUUGAUUGCAGAAUCUUUCUAUAGCAGGAGCAUACGGCCAAUAUAUCACUAUAAGGUACUCUACCCCUAUCCAUCAUGUCCAUAUUCAUAUUCUGCUUCAUUGUCCCAACACUCCUUUGGUAGCACUUCUGUUGUCGUAGUAGUACACCGGCAACGACGUCGUCUCCAUUUGAUACGAACCAGUUGUGAUGCAACCAAACACACACAACCAUUUUCAACAUAAGGGGUCACUUCAACUUACACCACACGGAAAUUCAAUGAAAUUAUUCUGCUUCAAAUUGUUUUUUCCUUUGAUGUGUCUUGGUGAUGCACCUGCCAAUCCAUAGGAGAAUAUAUGUACAGUGUGACCCCUUUUGCCAGGAAGGCUUUACCAUUGGUCAAUUCUGAUCAGAAUUAUACCAUCAGCGUUUAUGCUAUAUUCUGUAAAGAUUAUAAACUAAGAUGGGUAAGCAGUAACCUAGACAUUGGUUUGGAAAUUAUAAUAAGCAGUUUAGAAUCGAAUCUAUGUUUGUUUUUUUUAUAACUUCAAAGUCACAAUCGGUGUCGAUGUCGGUGCUGUAUGCGUGAUGUUUUUUACAUCCUUUUAUUUUUCUCUCUCUCAUGUGACCAAUGAUAUCAUUGUGUUGUUACUGACCUGUAACUGGAAAGUCGUUUUCUCGUUGCAAGUAGGAAGUGAGGAACAAUAUUUAUGGAAAAGGCUACAGAACGGAAUAGGAUUCUCUCCUCAUUUAUUCUCAUUGUUUUCCUUUCUCGUCUCACACUUUAUUUUUUCUCUUAUUGUUUUUAUUAAAAAAAAAUACUAAUAUAAAAUGUUAACGUAAUUUAAUAUUAAUCGUUAAAAUAGGAAGAGAUGGUAUAAAAUGAGAGAGAUUAAGAGAGAAGAAUCCUCCUUGUUUGGAAUGGUGUGUGCCCUUGUGUGUUGGAGAACGUGGGGAUGGUACAUUUUGUCUACGGCCUAGCUAAAGGGAUGGAGAAGAAAAUGACGUAUACAAAAUCACUUUAUUUAAACUAUCAAAAAGGUGUGUCUUGUGUGUUGGAAAACGACGUAUGGUUGAGUGAAAAAGGAGUGGGAAU